AUGGAGCGUAAUUUCUUCAGAAAUAUGCCAAUUGAAAUCACCACUGACAUCCUCUCGCGGCUCCCUAUCCGAAGCAUCGCAUUAAGCAAGUGCGUUUGCAAACGAUGGCUCAAUCUGAUCGAUUCCGACGAUUUCGAGUUCAAAACCCCACCCGCCCUAGUUCUCUUGCAGCAGAUGGACUCAACUCGGUGCUCAAUUUUCGAUAUUGAAGACGAAGACGAAGACGAUCUAGAGAUCCACGAUCUUCACUACAUUCCGCUCACACAUUUCGAUAUCCCUCACGAAAACUCAGAACCACUGGCAGCAAUGGCUGCAAAUGGUUUGCUUCUUCUAUACUCAAAGUUAGGGUUUGCUGAAAUUCCUCUUUUUAUAUGCAAUCCGAUCACUCGUCAAUAUAUCGAGAUCUGGGGCCCUGAGGAAUGCAUCUUGGAUGUUGUUGUUGUUGAUGAUGAUGAUGAUUAUGAUGAUGUUGAUCCGGUGUUUUGUUUUGGAUUUGGUGUGAGCGAAAUAAGUGGGCAAUAUAAGGUGGUCUGUAUCAAUGCGGACACUGACACUCAUUAUGUAUACACCCUCGGAACAGGAACAUGGAAGCGCGUUCAAGCCGGCGCUGCUUCUGGUCUCGGAAUCUAUUCAGCUGCACACAUUGUUUGUAAUGGCAACCUCCAUUGGACAGGUGUAUAUUAUUCGCCUCAUACCAUACGGAUUUGUGGUUUUGAUCUUGAAAACGAAUGUUUUAGCGUCUUCUCUGCUCCUCCUCCACCUCCUCCUGUAAAUGGACAUACUUGUCUAACCGGGGAGUUGUCUGCUUUGAGGGACUGCCUAUGUUAUUCAUACACAUGGGAAGAAGAAAUUGUCAUCUGGUUGAUGAAGGAAUACCAGGUCGAGGAAUCUUGGACCAUGCUGUACAAGAUAAGUAAUAAUGGUUUUGAUUUUGAUCGGGCUUCUGGUUUUGGUUGGAAUUAUAUGUGUGUUAAACCAAUUAAACUUUUUAAAGAUGGCGACGUUUUGAUGAUGCUAGACGAAAAACGGCUCAUCUACUACUCCAACAAGACAAGAAUUGUUCAACAAGUCGAUAUGUUUAAGGAUGCAGCUGCGAAGGAUUACGUUAGUACCCUCGUUUUCACUCCUAGCCUUUUCUCACUCAAGAAUUUCAGAUUUAAGAAUGUGUUCUCAUUUUAG